AGUCCCCACCGACUUCCCCACGGCUACCAGUAUCCGAGAUGCAAACGGAAGAUAUUGUCCACGAGGUCAAUCAAGCAGAAGAGAACAUCACCCCCGAGGAGGUCGAAGUGAUCAGACAGACAUCUGAGGAGAUUACCCCCAAGUCUAGAAGGAGGUCUUCAAAUCUCACCAAGCUCGUGCAAAAAAGGCAAGAAGCCGAGCAAAACUUAGAAAAGGCCAAAUUAGAAAUGAAGCAGAUCAAACUGCGUAGUCCGGUCCAGAACGCUGCCACCGAAAAAGCAACGGAUACCACUGAGCAAGUUAUAGAUACUGCCGACCAAGUAAGGGUCACAGUAGAGCAAGUCAAGACAGCUGCCGAAGUAGCAGAGGAAGCCGCAGAGCGCCUGAGAGAAGAGCAGGCGCUCAUGGUUUACAGAGUGCGUGCAGUAGUGGCAUAUGAUCAGGUGGCGACGGCAACCAACGAGGAAGAGAAGAGGAGAUUCGAGGCGUUUGCCCGGGCGGAGACAAAAGGAUUGAGAUGGGUGCAUGAGAUAAUCCGCGAGAAGAGAAGGAGAUCGUCAGAGAUCCGACGCCUCUUCUGUCCUCCGCUAGAAGAGGAGCUCGUGGUUGAUCUGCCAGAGCUACACCCUGUGGAAAAGGAAAAGGAACCCACUCCGCCCAUAAAGACAGAACCUACCGAGUCGAAGUACAAUAAACAGACUGUCAAGGAGCUUAGAGCGCUGCUGAAAGAACGCCAAAUCCCACAGACCGGGAUGAGCCGCAAGGGACAGAUUGUGGAGGCGCUUGAGGAGGCAGAUAGGGCUGCUGAGGCCGAGGGUAGUGGGAAAGCCAACCAAGGUAUGAAGCGAACUCAUGAAGACACCACACAGGAGGGAGAGGAAACGCAGCCAAAUGCCAAGAAAGCGAAGCCUGCUCCGGCAAAGGCGAAGACGAGAAGGAAAGCGAAGAUAGAAGAUGCAGAGUACACGCCUGAGCCAGAGGCGUCUCCUCCACCAAGACGAAGUGCUAGAAUUAGGGGUAGUAAGGUGAAGACUGAGGACUGAUUUCGCUGAUUAUUUCAAGUUUUCUUUUUAGUUUAAAGCUUUAUCAUGUAGGGUAACUAUCCAAUUUAUAAGCAGCUUUGAAUGCAC